AACAAACCUUUUCCAUUAAAAUCCGAAUUUACUAGAACACUAACAGAGCCGGUGAUCAUGGUGAUAGGUCUACCACAGGAUAAAUAAAUAGAUAUACGAUGCAACUGCAAGAAAUCAUGAUAAUGGAAGCUCAUGUUUGAUGACAAGAAAAUAACAGUAGAAUGGAUAGUUACAUAAAUAAAAGUAAAGGAUAAAACAUUAAAUGAUUUGUUCCUCAGCAGCUAGGAGUAGGAUAAAAAUCUGCUUUGUCUCUGUGAUAAUGGCAGCCUUGUUGGCUAACAUAGUAGGUCUUGUGUCAAGGCUACUGACCUCGCACAGCCAAAGAUCAGUCUUGAGUCAUCAGUCACGCACCAGUAAAUACAAGCUUCCCUAUCCCGAAACACCUCAUUUAGUUCUAAACGAGGACGCCAUCAGAGGGAGGAAGGUUCUGAUCGUAGGGGAUGUACACGGCUGCCUCCAUGAGAUGGAGGAACUAUUGCAGGAGGCAAAGUCGAAAUUCCCGGACCAGGAGAUUCUUCCAAUAUUUGUGGGUGACCUUUUGUCUAAAGGUCCGUUUCCUGUAGAGACACUUAAAAAACUCCAGAAAAUUGAACAUUACGCAGUGAGAGGGAACCAUGAUGAAGCUAUUCUAAGACAAGUUUUGUCCUUGAAGAAGGAAGAACUCUAUCAACUCCCUCCCAAAUAUUCUUGGGUUCCAAAUCUCUCCGACGACGACAUUGGAUACCUGCGGGAACUCCCUUACACAAUAUCUAUCCCCAGUCUGAGUGUGAUCAUUGUGCACGCUGGUUUGGUUCCAGGAAUUCCUCUUACAGAGCAGGAAUUGACCAAUAUGAUCAUAAUGAGGAACUUAGUGAAAUCUCCCGAGGGAACUCUAAGUGCGGCAGAAUUGACCAAUGAAGGAGAGGCUUGGGCCUCGUUUUGGCCAGGGCCUGAUCACGUGUACUUUGGUCAUGAUGCUCGCAGGAAAUUACAGAAACAUGCGCAUGCCACGGGGCUGGAUACCGGGUGUGUGUACGGGAACCAGCUAACCGGGGCCGUGGUUACAAAGGACUCCACAGAACUCAUUCAGGUCAAAGCCAAACAGGUCUACAAAGAAACUUAAGUUAUCUUCCAUAUUUGUGACAGAAAAUGUGAUUUUAUUUUAAGAUUUCUAUCAUGUUUUGUUAUUCCUUGUCUUCGUACGUGAACAUAAUUAUGUUGAAAUAUAUUUGAGUCAAAGACAUUCCGGCCAUAUGUAUUCAAUCAUAUCAUAUCACUUUGGCAAAGUUUCUUAAUUGGAGACAAAAUGUUGUGCUUAACAAAUAAACUCCGAGUUAACAAUCUUCCAAUUGUAACAUCUAUCACAUUUGUGACAAUAACAAGACAGAAAAAGUAAUUUUAUUUUAAGAUUUCCAUCAUGUUAUUCCUUGUCUAUAUCUGUGAAUAUAUGUUGAAAAUAUCCGAGUCAAAGACAUUCCUGCCUUAUGUAUUCAAUCAUUUCAUUUUGUACAGUCUGGAAUAGUUUCUUAAUGGGAGACAAAAAUUUUGUGCUGAACAGUUUUACUUUUCAAUGGACAUUUUAAGGUAGAACAUGCUGUACCAUUCAGGAGAACCUUCCAUAAACAUAGAUAAGUAUUCAGUCAGUGACUUAUAGGUACAGAGUGGCCCAAUUUCUUUUUAUGUGUGCAAAAAUUUUGGGCCAAGUUAUCCUUGGAUGAGUAGAAAUUUCUUGCUUUCCAACAUACUCAGAGAUCAAUGAAUAAAAACAAAUAAACAACAAAGAUGUCGAUUUGGUCUCCUAUUUAUUUUAUUGCACAGCUAAUGACUUCUACAUAACCAAGUGCACAGGUACUUAAACACAUUGACCCUUGACAUAUCACAAUGACCUUUGUCAGCAAAUGUCGGCCAUAUUGGAAAAAAGGUAAAAAAUGAAUGGUUCAUAUCCAUUAGAAAUAUCUUGUAGUCAAAAAAAUUAUGUAGAUUGGGUAAUAAAAUCAAAUACAGAGUUAUCUGCCUUAAAUGGUUACAAAAUUUGAGUGAGGGGCCACAAAAUUGAAAUUGAUAAUUUGAGGUGGGGCAUUAUCAAACCAUAUUAAUAUUUAAUAUAAGAAACUUUGAUAAUACAGAAUGAACAUCAAAUCUACUGCUGCCAGUUUUUCCGCUAUGCACUGAUCAAUACAAUUAAGAAUAACUUGGAAAAUCAAAACUAACAGACAAACAAGAUGUUGUAUAAUCAUAUGAUAUUCAUAAAUAAAUACUACAUAAACUUCUUACAAAAAACAAAAACUUUAUAUAUAUUAUUUCUGUUUGUUCAAAAUUGAUCACUUUAUAUAAAAGCUCUUUAUAGAGGCUCUAAGUGGCAAUUGUUUCCUACGUCCUGUUUCUCAGGUUCUCAAUGGUUGAAGUCCUAUGUCCCUAUUGUAUCACUGCUCACUUGGAAAAAAUCAACUAAUUAAAUGAGAUAUGAAAAUAAAUAUCUCACAUCUCACUGAGACAAAUGAGACCAAAAUCUUAUCAUAAUAAUUUGACUAAAAUCAUUUCACAUAUCAUCAAUUAAAAAAAAGGUCUACAAAGUUCAUACUACCGUAACUUAGUACAAUUGGCAGUUAAAAAAUUCAAGGGCAAGUACAUGUCUACAUGAAGCAAUAAACAUUGUAUAAAAAUGCCGCUAUGAUUGUAACAUAAUUGCAAUAUUCAUGAACAAAAUUCAGAGUCCAGUACACAUAGCUAGACUUCAGAAAACUAGGACUCUACGAUCUACUGGUAUGGGGUAAUGUCAUUUCUGUUGGGGGGUCAAUAUACAUGUGUAGGUACUGUAAUUUCUGUAGGGGAUUUAUAAUGUAAGUUUCUAUUAAAUGGCAGGAACCUUUUACUUCUUUCAACAAGCUUAUCACAUUUUCAGAAAACUAGAACAUAUAUAGUCAGUAUUUUACAUAUGGUGGCUAUACAUUUAUUUCUCUCAAACUUAUUACAAUAUUUUUUUUGACAUUCUUUUUUUCUAUCAGCAAUCACAUUUAUGUAAAGGAUAUAUUCAUUAAUGAAAAAUUGUUUUCUGAUCAUGUUGAAAAAAAAAAAAUUCCAUACACUAA